CUCGGGGAAGCUAACGCUAACGCUAACUCUGCUGCUCAUCUGCACUACACCGACCGUGUGGCAGCACGCGACAGGAUGUUGUGGUGUGACGUCAUUAAACAGCGACGCGUGAGAUGCCAUCUCAGGCUGUGAUGCUGAUGUGGACAUGGACUUCACAGAGUGCUACAGAGACACGGUGUCCAGUGUUGCUGCCGCAGCUCGCUCGGGCUGUACGAAGCAGGUGAGGAGGCUGAUUCAGAGACGCUUCAGUGUGGACUGUCGGGACAACCGCGGCUGGAAUGCUCUGCAUGAAGCUGCAGCCGCCGGGAGUAAAGGCUGUGUGCAGGAGAUUCUGACUGCAGCCUGCGCAGCAGGCUCCUCCCGUGGCUGCCGUGCUUAUGUGAACUCUUUGACGCAUGAGGGAGAAUCUGCAUGUUACCUGGCAGCGAAGCAUGGACACCUGGCCGUGGUCCGACUUCUCAUAAAAGCACAUGCCAACAUCAACCAGCUAACAAAUGACUUGUCCUGUCCUUUGUAUGCAGCUGUAGACGGUGGGUACAAGGAGUUGGUAGAACUGCUGAUCAGUAAAGGUGCAGAGGUCAACAGAACACACACCGCGUCCUGCUGGACCUGUCUUCAUCAAGCUGUGUAUAAGGGUCACAGUAAAAUUGUGGAUAUACUGGUUAAUGUGUGCAACCUGGAGGCAGUAGAUGACCACAAGAUCUCCCCUCUCUUUGUGGCUGCACAGUAUGGACAGCAGGAAUGCCUAGAGAUCCUUGUGAAUGCUGGUGCCAAUGUGAACAUCCAGGCAGUUGAUCUUGCCACACCACUGCUGAUUGCCUCCCAAGAGGGCCACCAGGCAUGCGUGAAUUUCCUGUUGGACCACGGAGCAGAUCCCAACAUGGCCUGCAGUCACGACUGGCCCCAGCUCCCCAUUCACGCUGCCGCUGAGUUUGGCCACAUCGGUGUCCUCAGGAGGCUGAUAGCUGUUACUGAUCGUGUGUGUGACCGUGGUGAUGGCACGGUUAGUCCACUAUACUUGGCCAUCCACAGGCAUCAGAACAAGAGUGUCGAGAUGCUCUUGAGGGAAGGUUAUAGCCCAGAUGCUCAGGACUGCACACACAUCCUUGGCCUCCAUUCACCACUCUCUUUCACCUUGUCUCAGACAUCGAACAAACCAUACAGUGAAUCGGUGAGGUUGCUGGUAGCUGCAGGAGCUCGUCUGAGUGAGGAAGACUGGAUUUAUGCCUUGGCCACUGACAAAACAGACCUGCUGCAACUGAUAUUUGAGCACAGAUGGAUCCCCCGACCAGAGACUUUGACCAAUGACUGUUCUGCAUCGAAUCACCAUGGGAAAGCUAUAUUAAAACUGCAGGAACUGAGGGAUCUGCUCUGUGUGGCAUUACACCAAAUCCAUUUUGCUGCCUGUUGGCUUCCUCUGCUUCUGAAGGCAGGACUGGAACCUUCUUUGCUGCUUCAGUCUCAUAUGUUGGAACAGGCCGACAGCGAGGUGUUGAAUUACCUGCUAGAGUUUGUGAACUGGUCAACUCUGUCCCUAAGUUUGAAACAUAUUCUGGAUCGAAGACGGGUGGCGAACACUUGGCAACCGUCUCCACAUUUUGACUCCAUUACCUCUCUUUCCCACAUCUGUCGACUGCAUGUGAGGUCAGUGUUGGGACCAGAUCUACUGAUGAGGACCAAUGUAGUCCAACAGCUACCUGUUCCCGCCCCACUUCACAGCUUCCUCCAAUUCAGAAACAUCCCAGACGCUUCUUACAAACACUCACCGCCAUCACCGCUUUCAAAUCGAAUACAGAGAUACCGUAGCACACACCAACACAGACAUGUUCUGUAACCCCAUCUAGUUUACCUCUGUAUGUUGCUUUAAGAUUGUUAAAAUCCAUGUUUCACAUAUAUAUCUCUAUCAGCUUGUAACAGCUUAUUGUGGAAGUAUGAUGAUUGAGUGAUAUAUUCAAACCCAGGAGUAUUUGUGGGAUCUUCUGAGACUUUGGGAUCACAAGAAUUUAGAAUAUAAGUGGGGUCUGAACAAAGUGUGACUAAACAGGUGGGCUACUGAGGUUUAAAACACUUGAUAAGAUGGUCGCAUGAUUGCAGAUAGUAUUCGGGCCAGGGGUGAGAAAACAAAACAAGAAGAGGAAGUUUUUCCUUGAUGAUGCACUUUGAGAAGUCAAAAUAUGGAGAAUAAAGUCAACUCUUCUGGUCCAUCAAAUCAAAUAAAGGGAGCAGCUGUAAGUUAUGCAAGCUAAGCUCAAAGAGAAAUAAUAAUAACUUAUUUGCAUAUUUUAUAAAUGGACCAGUGCUGUUUGUUUUCACUUGUUUCUUGUGACCAUUAAAGUUAUUUUUUAAUUUGA